UUAGUAAUUUCUACCAUCGUUCUUAAUGCUGGCAAAUUUUUAGCGCCAAUUGGGGUUGCUGUGUCAUUUUUGAAAUGUGAAGGGGUCUCAUCUUUGACUUACAUUCCAAGGAAGACUUUCCUAGCAAUAGAAGAAAAGAUUGCAAGUUACUUCAAUAGGAUCAAAAAAGUACCUUCCAGCUCAGCUUUGUCAUCUAGCUCAGGUUAUUCCAAAAGAAAAAGAGGGUUCGACGACGAGAAAACUCCCAGAAGGUCUCCAAACAAAUAUCAAUAA